AUGAAGAGAAAAGCAGAGCUCGGCUCCUCGGAAGAAACCCCGUACAUUGUUACGUUCCCCAAGGGGUACAUCAACCUCAAUCAGCUGAGUAAAAUCAAGCGCUUGAAAAGAUUCCGCAUCCGACAGCCAGCACCCGCGGAGAUACCGGCAAGAACGUGUCCCCGUUCCUGUGCUCACCGGAUACGAAACCUGAGGCGCGGACACGAACGCGGUGAGAACACCACGAUCGUGCCGAACAGCAUGUGUACCACGAAGCCCCAGCUUGACCCGCACUUUUGUUUCCGAGUGGAGCAAGUGCUCGAAACCCUGUGCGGCCUCAAGGAGCGUCGCGUCGAGUGCAAGCAAAUCAUGGCCCAGGAACACAAGGUCGAACGGCCGGUGUCAAUGUGCCCGAGCAACAAACCUCCGGACAAGAAGCCCUGCAACGGCAAGGCGUGCGCCCCGGAAUACCAGAAGCCCCCGUUCCCCGGGAACCAACUCAACCUUCAUCUAGCACGACCCCGAGAAAAACAAACUCUCGUUCAAAUUCGACGGUACAGCGACCAUACGAACACUCUUUGGGACGCAAAUCAAAAUCAAAUGCCCCGUCGACCGAUUCAACCGAAUCAAAAUUCGGUGGGCCAAAGUAGCCGUCACCGUAGCUCAAGUCAAGAAUUUUAG